CUGGCAGAGUGCACGUGUCACCGUGGGCGAGGACCAGGGGUCAAGGCUCCGGCCACCACCCGGGAGUGCCUCGGGGGCAGCGCCUGAGGCCUCUCCCUCUCGCUCCGUCUCUCGCCCUCUUAUGUCAAGGAAAGAAAAACUGACCACCAGGAGUGGGGAGUAGUACAGACGGAGCCUUGGCGUCUCCUGAGUCGGGCUUAGGCUGUGAGAAGUAGGCGUGCCAGGGCCUCACGGCCGUGCGCUGGGCCCACUGCUGGGGGUGAAUGCACCUCCGUCCCAUCACGGGGUGGGUGUAGCCUGUCAGAGCGGCUGGAAGGUGCCAUGGCCUUCAAGCCAACCACUUCAGCCUGCGGUCCCUCUCGGUCCCUGUGUACUGACGGACAAGCAGAGGCCCCAAGAGGGGCCCACAAGGCCCUUCCCCUCAGCCUUCUGCCUCAGGCCCCACCCGCCCUGUCAGUCACAUAGACCCCCGGGGUGAGUCUGGCUUUAAGCGGAAAAUUCCAGGGGUCACCGCUGGCCACGCAUAGGUGGGAGACCUUUGUUUGGUGACCUCGGAGUGUGGACCCAGGGCACGGUGGCGCUGAGGAGCGGGCAGGAGCCACUGCAGGUUCGUCAGCCCAGCUUGGAGGUCACCCUCCCCAUCCCUGUCCCUGCGCUUCAGGGCCCAGAAGGGGGCAGGAGCGGGUGCAGCGGGACAGGAGCCAUGAGGAGGGCUAUCUUGUCCACCCCACAGGCUGGGCCUGCCGCAGGCGGAGUGAGAGCGGGCCUGGUGGGGCUGAGGAGAGCUGGGAUCCUGCGCCCCUCUGAUUGCCUGGGCCCAAGGCCGUUGGGGAGCGUCCUCGAUGCCACUUUAUCAGCAGUGCCAGGGCUGCUGGCACCAGACGAGCCACCCUGGGGUGUCCGAGGCCAGCAUGGGCUCCUGGGGAGAGGGGCAGCGCCCGAAGCCCGACUUCAGACUCGAAGUGAGAGAGCCCUGGAAGCGGAAGUGGCUGCACGUAGGCAAGUGGCUGAGCCCCUUCUUUGUGACCUGCGCUGUCUACUUCCUGCUCUGGAUCCCCGAGGACCCGCCGUCCUGGCUCGGCGCCCUGGUCAAGUGCCUGCCAGUGCUCUGCCUGGCGCUCUACCUGCGGGCUCGGGGCUCCCCGUCGCUCCCUCGGGCUGCCCUGCUGUGCUCCGCCGUGGGGGACGCCUGCCUCAUCUGGCCCCAGGCGUUCUUCUACGGCAUGGCCGCCUUCGCCUCGGCCCACCUGCUGUACCUGUGGGCCUUGGGCUGGGCGCCCCUGCGGCCGCGUCUGCUCCUGCCUGUCGUCCUGGUCUGCAUCCCCUACAGCGUCAUCCUGCUGCUGCACCUCCCCCCCGACUUGGCGCUGCCUUUCUCGGGGUACACCCUGGUUCUGUCCCUCGUGCUGUGGCGCGGCCUGGUGCGCGGGCCCCCGGCCAGCUGGGGGGCGCUGUUCUUCACGCUCUCGGACAGCGUGCUGGCCUGGCAUAUGUUUGUGCGGCCCCUGCCCCACGGCCGCCUGGUGGUCAUGACCACCUACUAUGCCGCCCAGCUCCUCCUCGCCCUCUCCGCCGUGCCCAGGUCGCGGCAUAAGUCGCCGUGACUAGGCGGCCCGCCGGCUGGGGGCCUCGCCCGCUGCCCGUCCUGCCGGCACCACGGCCGCCCGGACCGGCCUGGCCGGAGAAGCGCCCACGGGGACACACGCGGGGCCGCCAGCUGGGCCCCUGGACUCCUGUCUGCAGGCCCCGGCCCCUUGCAAGGCAGCUGGGAGCUGCUGAGGGGAUCCCCUGUCUUCCAGCUGCCCUCCCUCUGUCCAGGUCCCCGUUUCUGGGCCCCUCAACCAGACUUACAUCGGGGGCCCCUAGCCCACCCCCCUGCUUCUGGGCCCCUCAACCAGACUUACAUCGGGGGUCCCUAGCCCACCCCCCUGCUUCUGUGAUCUCACCCCUGCCCUCAUCUCUGACCUUUACCCAAGUAAGUAGGAGGUGCCUUGUGCCCUGGGAGGUGCCUUGUGCCCUUCCUGCUCGCGUCAUGGAACGCGUCCUUGUACCUGUUUGAGCACACAGCACGACGCGGCGCGGCUGCCUGGUGACCGUGGCCCAGGUCUGCCCUCAGAACUCACCACUGCUAAUAAAGCCGCAGGAGCGGGGCCUCGCUGCCAGGGCUGGGCAGGCAUCAUGAUCCCUGCACAACUCCACCGCUCCUCGCAGAGUCUUGGUAUUUUUCCAAAUGGAGGGAGGAGACGCCGCGGAAGGACCCGCUCCACCCGUGUGGUGUGCGGUGCGGCCUGCUGGGUCCCUUCCUGCCCCCAACCCCCCCCCCCAUGCGUUUUACAUGUCGGGUUCGGCCAUGUUUCCUUGUACAGAAAAUGCCCCCCCCCCCCCCCGUGCCCAGGACCCAGGGUGCUACCGCUGAGGCCAGGGGAAGACUAACUGGUCGGUGUGUCCAUCUGUGGCCAGUGUGUGCCGCCACAGCGCCCAGCACGGGCACCCAGCUUCCAUCUCCGGAGGCCAGAGCCCGCCCGCACUGAGUGGCGUGAGGUUGUGCCUUCACUCUGUCUGGUGCCCGGCGGCCCCAGAGUCCUGGUGUCCCUCCACUGUGGCCUUUUCCCCGUGUGUCUGUCCUGUUCUCAGGAUGCUGGGUGUUGGACCAAGGGCCCACCCAGAGCCCAGGAAGAGCACGUGACCCUGUUUCUAACUCAUGUCACUUACAGGGACCAGGACUUAGGACUUGGGCACGUCCACUUGGGGACACGGUUCACGAACAGGGCGCGUGUCUUCAUGUGCACUGGGCCUGCCUUUGAACCUCGGCACCGCCUGGCAGGUGCCACAGCGGCAGGGGCAGCUCCAGUGCUGUGGUGUCUCGCCCUGUCUGUCUGAAAAGUACGGGGCACGGGGUCCUAGCUCAGCCUGACGGCACCAACUUGCACACCAGAGGCUGCAGGUUCAGUCCACGAUAGCACCUAGUGCCAGAGCUGAGCAGUGCUCCGGUUUCUUUGCUCUCCGUCUCUGAUAAGAAAUGGAUAAAUAAACCUUGGAGGGCAAUAAUAAAAGAAUGACAAAGUCGGCCUUGGACUUGCUGAGGUGGAUGGUGCCUGUGUGAGGCUGCCGGUACACACCCAAGUCCAGUCCCCAGCACUGCGUGUGCCAGUGAUGCUCUGAUUGGCUCUAUCAUGACUAAGUCUUAAAAAAAAAAAAAAAAAGACACAAGGAUCCCGGUUCGAGUCCCCGGCUCCCUGCCUGUAGGGGAGUCGCUUCACAGGCGGUGAAGCAGGUCUGCAGGUGUCUGUCUUUCUCUCCCCCUCUCUGUCUUCCCCUCCUCUCUCCAUUUCUCUCUGUCCUAUCCAACAAUGAUGAUGAUGACAAUAAUAAAAAAACAGGGCAACAAAAGGGAUAAAUAAAUAUAAAAAAAGUUAAAACAAAACAGGUGUGGCCCUUGUGUUGGCUGUGACCUUGGCUGUCCACCGCCCUCUGGGCUCCACACCUGAGGGCAGGAAGGGGGCAGCUCUGGGCCUCAGUGUGCCUUCCGAGACUCAUGACACAGGAGAGACUGCACACUCGUAAUGUGCUCUUAGGGCCUUUAUGGCAGUGGGGAGACUCAGUCUGAUGUCCAUCUAGGACCUUUAUAGCAGCGGGGAGACUUGUACACCCAUGAGGUGCUUUCAGAACAGAACUGCAGUCAGUCUGAGGAGACUUGCAGGUGUGAGGCUGCCCAGGCUGGGGAGUGGGUAGUCCAGAGGAGGCCAGAAGGAAAGGGAGGGGACAGUUGAUGAUGGCAGGAGUGUGGACAGCAAGGGUGGGAUGCU